AUGAUCUUUGCAAUUGAGGAAAUAAAUCUAAAUCCUGCUAUUCUCCCCAACCACACAUUGGGCUACAAGAUAUACAAUUCCUGUGGAAAGACAAACAUUAUUAAGUCUGCAAUAGUUUUAGCCAGUGGGCAGAAGGAAAUCAUAGAUGAGAGGAACUGUACAAACGCUGACACUGCACAGGCUGUACUAGGCCACUCUGGCUCUGCUCCCACGGUGGGAUUUGCUCGGAUUAUAGGAAGGUUCCAGAUACCAGUGCUCAGCCACUUUGCAACCUGUGCUUGUCUCAGCAACAGAGAGGAGUUUCCAUCCUUCUUCAGAACUAUUCCUAGUGACCUCCACCAGAGCAGAGCCCUGGCAAAGCUUAUCAAGCAUUUCGGCUGGUCCUAUGUGGGGGCAAUAAGUAACAAAAACCGCUAUGGUAUCAACGGGAUCACCACAUUUAUACAAGCUGCACAAGAAGAGGGAGUGUGCAUUGAGUAUUACCAGUCAUUUGAACAAUCAGGUCCUCGUCAUGAGUUAACAAAAUUAGUUGAAAUUGUGAAGCACUCCACCUCUAAAGUCAUUGUGGCCUUCAUGUCCCACAGAGAAGUUAAAGUGCUGGCGACUGAGUUCUACAAACAGAACAUUAUGGGACUGCAGUGGGUUGGCACUGAUGCCUGGAUCACAGAUCACUCACUGACUGACAGUGAGGGACGUAGCCUCCUGGUGGGCUCCCUGGGCUUCGCUGUCAGCCAAACUAAGAUCCCGGGAUUGGAGAAGCACUUGAGGCAGCUCCAUCCCUCACAGUUUCCUGACAGUCAGUUUGUUAGAGAUUUUUGGGAAGACAUGUUUGACUGUGCUCUGAAUGAAACCGCAAACACACAAAGAAAGCCAUGCAGUGGCUCUGAGAGCUUGCAGAACAUUGAAUCAUAUUUUACAGAUGUUUCUGAGCUGAGAUUCACUAAUAAUGUUUACAAGUCAGUUUAUGCAGUGGCCCAUGCUCUCCACAACCUGGUCACAUGUGAAGAGGGUAAGAGCCCCUUCUACAAUGGGAGCUGUGCUGACUCUAAACACGCUCAACCAUGGCAGGUGCUACAUUAUUUGCAGAAUAUCAACUUCACAACAAGUCAGGGUGAAAGAGUGACUUUUGACCAGAAUGGAGAUUCACCUGCAAGAUAUGAACUUAUAAAUUUACAACAUUUAACCUCAGAGACCAUGCAUGUUGCCACAGUUGGUGUUUUUGAUGCCACUUUGCCUGGUGUGCGUCCAUUUAUAAUGAAUGGCAUGAAAAUAGUGUGGGGAGGAGGAAGUCAUACGGUGCCAGUGUCAGUGUGCAGUGAGAGAUGUCCCCCAGGAAAACGCAAAGUCCUGCAGAAAAGAAAACCUGUUUGCUGUUAUGACUGUAUCCCAUGUGCAGAAGGGGAAAUCAGCAACAUUACAGACUCUUUGGAGUGCCUCAAAUGUUCCAUUGAUUAUUGGCCAAAUACCAGAGGAGACACAUGCAUCUUAAAGGAGAUUGAAUUUCUGUCUUAUGAAGAGAUCAUGGGGAUCAUUUUAACAUUUUUUUGUUUGAUGGGGGUAAUUUUGACAACUAUGAUAGCAUUAGUGUUCUUUCACUUCCGGGAAACUCCUAUUGUCAGAGCCAACAACUCUGAGCUGAGCUUCCUGCUGCUCUUCUCAUUGACUCUGUGUUUCCUGUGUUCUCUGACCUUCAUCGGCCGGCCCUCUGAGUGGUCCUGCAUGCUGCGACACACCGCAUUCGGCAUCACCUUUGUCCUCUGUAUCUCUUGUGUUCUGGGGAAAACAAUAGUAGUGUUAAUGGCCUUCAAAGCCACACUUCCAGGCGCUAAUAUGAUGAAAUGGUUUGGUCCUGCACAGCAGAGGCUCAGUGUCCUGGCUUUCACUCUCAUACAGGUUUUGAUUUGCAUACUUUGGCUGACAAUCAACCCACCCUUUCCCUUCAAAAAUAUGAACCAUUACAUGGAGAAGAUUAUUCUUGAGUGUGCCCUGGGAUCACCUGUAGGGUUCUGGGCCGUGUUAGGAUACAUAGGACUCCUUGCUGUUUUGUGUUUUGUUCUCGCUUUUCUGGCUCGAAAGUUACCUGAUUUUAAUGAAGCCAAAUUUAUCACCUUCAGCAUGCUGAUAUUCUGUGCAGUCUGGAUCACCUUUAUCCCAGCAUACGUCAGCUCUCCUGGGAAGUUCACUGUAGCUGUAGAGAUAUUUGCCAUUCUGGCCUCAAGUUAUGGACUUCUUUUCUGCAUUUUCAUCCCCAAAUGCUUUAUUAUUUUACUGAGGCCAGAACAAAAUACCAAAAAGCAUAUGAUGGGCAAAACAAAAGAUAUUCAUUGUUAA